ACGCCGAGUUCCGGGCCUGCGCUCCUCCGUCUCCAAGGCGUCUGGCGGAAAGCGCAGGGGCCCCAGCGCGGUAUGGAGGCUAAGGAGGCAUCCACGCCGGGCACCGGUGUUGGAUGGUCGGUGUCAGCGGAGGAGAUCGAGAAGUGGAUGGAGGAGGCCAUGCAAAUGGCCAAAGAAGCUCUAGAAAAUACCGAAGUCCCUGUCGGCUGCCUUCUGGUCUACAAUGAUGAAGUUGUGGGGAAGGGAAGAAAUGAAGUUAAUCAAACCAAAAACGCCACUCGACAUGCGGAAAUGGUGGCCAUCGACCAGGUCCUGGAGUGGUGUCGCGGGAGUGGCAGGAGGCCCUCCGAGGUGUUCGAGCGCACCGUGCUGUACGUCACCGUGGAGCCCUGCAUCAUGUGCGCAGCCGCGCUCCGCCUGAUGAAAAUCCCACUGGUUGUGUACGGCUGUCAGAAUGAACGCUUCGGUGGUUGUGGCUCUGUUCUAGAUAUCGCCUCUGCUGACUUACCAAACACUGGGAGAUCGUUUCAGUGCAUUCCUGGCUACCGGGCUGAGGAAGCAGUGGAAAUGUUAAAGAACUUCUACAAACAAGAAAAUCCAAAUGCCCCAAAAUCAAAGGUUCGAAAAAAGGAAUGUCAGAAAUCCUGAACUUGAGCUAAUGAAGGACUGAUGAAUGCCACUGGAUGAAAUUCUUGUACUGAAAGCUGGCGACCUCAUCGGAUCCUGUGUUAUAUAUUGUCCUUAACCCAUGGGAGAAGGAUAUCUCAUCAUUUCCUCUGUUAAAGGAACAACUUAGCACUUUUAAAAAGUCUGACAAUUGUAAUCAACUACUAGUUUUUCCAUGAGCUGAAAGACUAUUUUGAAAAGGGAAAAAUUAAAGAUUGAGGUGAUAGAAAUUAGUAAGCAGUGCAAUGCACUUCCUGCCAAAACGUUAUGCCUAGUCCUGGAGAUGCUGUGAGGAGUGAGCAUCCAGACUCAGUUGCUGGCGUGUCUGGACGGGGGGCACUCUGUGGUCACUUUGUCCACACCCGGCAUUGCAGAAGCAAGUCUGCCUUCCUUGCAGCCUCUAUGCUCUCCCAGGGCGCUGGGGGCCCGAGACUGACUUAGACAUUGUACAUCAGUUGUGUACAUGCAGAUCAUGAUUGUAUAGUCCUCAGAACAGACUUUUUACUUUUAUAAAAACACUUAGAAUAAAUGCCUAUGGUAAAACAAGUGCUAAAACCUUACUUGUGCCUUUUUGGGAGAUGGAUAGUCUUAAAAAUAGAAGAUAAAAGCACAAUUGGGACAAGUCCUUCUUUGUUCCUGAGCAACUGCACUGUGAAUCAGGGAACAAAACAGAAUCUGGCCCUGGCGGAGCAGGGACAUGGGUAACAAACGGAACAGCAUGUUAGGGGGUGACACAGAUUAUGGCAAAAAGAACGGGCAAGCCGCUGGUGGUGAGUCUGCUGGCUACACAAUUAAAUAGCAUGGUCGGUUUGAUCUGAAAUAGAAUACAGUUCUUUUUAUAAGAACCCAGAUUUAGAAUUUAAAAAUCUAAAAUGGUGAAACAUGAACACAGCCCUGGACAGGGGGCCGCGGCAGGAGCUCCCAGAUAGUGGCGCUGGCUGUUUGCCUAAGGCUGGUGCAGGUUGAAGGGCGCUUUGCAGAGCUCGGCUGCGGUGCACCGCGUCAGCCCGCCCAGUAGGGGGCCUCGCCGUUCCACCAGAAGCCUCACUCCGGCCCAGGACCUCAGCUCCUUCUCAGCUGCAUUUCUUCACUGGAUUCAUUUCCUUGAUGCAAAGCAUCUGUAUUUGUUGGUUCUGCAAUUUGAGCGAUGUCUCUGACUUGUUUGUUUUGAAUUACAUUACAGGCUGGAAUGUAAUUGUGGUGAAAGUAUUUUUAUAUUGCUGAGAGUAGCAGCUAAUCACAGUUACAUGCUUCGGAGGAUUUAUAAUUGCUUGAUUUUGUAUGUGUGUGUUUUUAACUGCAUUUGAAUUUUAUGGAGAAGAAUAGGCAUGAUUUUAAAUCUGCAAUGAUGUUACAUGUAACUUCUCUUCAAUUUCACCUGCUUUAAAAGUUAUCCUCUUAUUAAAUUUUAGUGCUUCAACUACUUCAUGCCUGCGUGCAGUUGGUCAUACUUCAUUUCUGGCUCCUUAUGGUUUCCUGCAGGCGGACUGUGUUGCGCAUGUUGUCUUCAUGUCAUUUCCUGGAGGAUUAUUUGUAGGCAGAAAUACCUGGACUCUCCUCUAGAGCGUACCACCCAGUAUGUCUGGCUAAGCCUCCGAUGUCAAGUAGGUUCUUAGUAAACGUGUUAAAUAAAAUUGUUGAUAGAAAUUUAUGAGAAUAUUUAGCAUGAAAAGCCAAAGCCAAAAGUCACAUAUGGUUAUUUUAACCCCGAGAUAGUUCCUACUGGAAGGAUCUGGAAAAUAAUAAAACUAUACACAGGGAAGGCUAGAAAAGAUUUACCAAGGUACAUGUGCUCUGUCUGUGCUGUGUUUUGGAGAAUGGGUGUUUCCUAAUUCCUAAGCUUGACUGGAAAUUUCAAUUUUGGUUAUGAUCUUCUUGAUUAUCCAGUGACUGACUUAUGGAAAAGUCUGCUAAAUUUUUGGUCUUAGACACAGUUUCCCCCUUUACUUUGUGGUGGGGGGGAGGCGGGUGUAGAAUUGGUUAGAUGGUGUGUUGCACAUCAAAGGUGGGCAACUCCAGUACUGCUACAGGAUCUUAUAGAGUCACAGACAUUAAGGCUGCGGGAUUCUCGAGGCUUCGAGACUCUGACACUGUUUUCGAGGUGGUGGUGAGGAGUCACGGAUGUCUGAUGAGGUGAUGCUGCUUUGUGAGAACCGUGUUCUCCAUCUAGUUAAAUGUGGCUUAAAAUAUCAAGAUGCUCCCAUUCAAAAGAUUGACUCCAGUUGAUUGGUACUGUUAGUGCCUGUGGAAGAGACCAGCCAAGAGACUUGCUCUGUGUAUGAAACGAUUCAGGAGACAGUUGUGGGAUGCAAGAUGGUUUUAGAAUCUCUACCCUUUUGAGAGAAACUACUGGGAAGUGAUUGCAUAUAAGUCACUGGAGUAUCCAGUGUUCGCUGGUUUUUGCAACGGACCCUGCUGCGAAUGGGCAGUAUCUGAUGCUUUGGCAGGCUUCAAUCACUGAUAAAAGACAUGUGAAAAUAUCUUUGCAUUUUCUUUUUUAUUGGCAUAAGCAUCACUUCCUGUGUUGUAUUUGGAAUAUCAUGGAGAGAAAUUAGAUAGCCAAGAACUCCAAUGUAGGCAAGAACUGUUCAUUUUUCUUAAACUCUCUAUUUGGAAAUAAUUUAAAAGUUAUAGAAAAGUACCUAUGUAUCCCUUAUUCUUCAAACCUAUGUUAACAUUUUAUACCUUUAACUUUAUUUGCUGUCUUUAUUCUCUCUUUUCCUCUAUUCAUAUUUAAUCAUUGUUCUGAACCAGUUGGUAGGAAGUUACAUGCAUGUACAUCAUGGUCCUUUAUGCUAAAUUUUUCAGUAUUUCCUAAGCAUAGGGGCAGUGUCUUAUAUAAUCACAGUACACUUAUUGACAUUAGCAAAUUUAACAUUAACACGUUACUGUUACCUAGUAUGCUGUUUGUAUUCCAGUUUUGUUAGUGACCUCAUAAUGUCCUUUAGAGAAUUUCCCCUGCCUCACCCGUGGAAUAUUAAAUCCAUUCUGGUCAGAUAUCACAUUUAAUUGUCAUGUAUCUUUAGCUGCUUUUAGUCUAUAAUAUUCCCAUGGCUUCUCUUUGUCAUCUAUGACAUUUUAAAAAUCACACAGUCCUCCUACCCUCCCCUUCAACUUUUCUUCCUUCCUUCCCUCCCUUCCCACCUUCCUUCCCUUCCUUCCUUCCAAAUAAUUGUGUUUUCCCACGAUUAGAUUUAGGUUAUGCAUUUUGGGGGAUGUGUUCUCACUGUGUCCUUUCUGGCGGAGUUCCAGAGCCAUCUUCCCUCCAUAGCGAUGCUAACUUUGGUUACCUGGUGAAGGUGUUCUCAAAUUUCUACACUAAUUAUUGUAUUUUCUCUUUGCAACAAAUAAGCAGUUUGGGGUGAGAAACAGCUGUGUGUAAAAAAAAUAUGUAUUUGACAUUGAUGGAAAAGAGGGGAAGAAGAUGAUACAAAUUUCAAAGCAACUGUUAAACUAUUUGAUUGCACAUUUUCUCUUUCAUGUUGGCCAAAAAAUUCCCUAAGAAUAUUUUAA